AUGACUGCCGACAGCCACGUCCACUUGCCUCCUCACUAUCUGAGAGAAGAUGGACAUGUCAUUCCAAAGAUUCUCCCGUCCGAAGUACGACAUGCUAUCAUGUCGGACAGCUAUGCAGCAAGCAUUCUCACUGUUUCAACGCUCAUUGAGGUAUCAGGAGAGUACAAGACCCUUCUCACCUUCAUCGACUUGAAUAAGGCCUUCGACUCAGUUGAGAAGGAAGCGGUCAUGGAAGCCUUGGACAACCAAGACGUCUCUACUCAGCACCUAAACAUACUUCAAGAGUUGUAG